AUGCAUCUCAGGGCGCUGGACGCGUUGCAGGUGUGCAGCGGCGUCUGGAAGGACCGACGAGUGGCAGUCCGCAUCAAGACGUCAAAAACAGAUCCGUGUGACAUCAGGAGGCACUGCGGCUUCUCCUGGUCUCACGCAAUGAAUUCUUUGGACGGUGCGUUUGACUGUAACGAUGACGUUAUAUCCUCUGCACACGGUAAUAUCCUUGCCGAGGAGACUGUCCCUGCUGCUGUAAACCCGCAUGCGGAUCGUCUGCUCGUCCGGCCACUGGAGGGUCCGCUGUCUGUGUCCUCAUUUGCCACGGGCAGCGUUUGCGGUUGGUUCACGGUGCCUGAUGAGCAUCGUUCCACUGGUGUUGCCAAUUCUGACAUGGUGCAGUGCGUGGCUGCGGAGCUUGGUGGUGUGUGGGCACUGCCGUGCGUCACGCUGGAGGAUGGCCGUCCAAUCGCUGGCGCCAUGUACUUUGCCUGGCGUUUUAUUUCACGGACGCCUCGCCGCGCACCUGUUGGCCCACGCUCUCGGGUUCGACUACCCGCACAUGGCCAGCCGCAGCAUGGUGAGGAAUGUUGCCGGUGUGCGUGGCAAGGCGCUGUUGGUGGCGUUGCACUCGGCGACUGCCGCGAUGCCCGCGAGUGA